AUGCGUCGCGGUCUUCUCAUCUUUCUGCUCGUCAAUCUCCUUAUCCUCUCUCUACUCGUGCGCAGUGUUUCGACCCUCCUAUCCCUAUUAGUCGAAGAUGCCGCCGCGGACGCCAUCCACCGCGCCGAGCUCCCCUCCCCGAACUCCAGCCUGAUUGAACAACGCCCGCAAAUAAUCCCCAAGAUCAUUCACCAAACCUACAAGAAUGAAACGAUCCCCGAAGUCUGGGUCGAGGCGCAACAGAGCUGUAUCGACCUGCACCCCGACUAUGAAUAUAUUCUCUGGACCAACGAAAAAUCGCGCGAGUUCAUUGCCGCCGAGUACCCAUGGUUCCUGGACACCUUCGAUGGAUACAACUAUCCCAUCCAGCGCGCCGACUCCAUUCGGUACUUCGUGCUUGCCCACUACGGUGGUACCUACAUUGAUCUUGAUGACGGCUGCAAUCGCCGCUUGGAUCCUCUCCUCGCCUACCCCGCGUGGGUACGACGCACCGCACCCACGGGUAUCUCAAACGACGCCAUGGGCUCCGUGCCCCAGCACCCGUUCUUCCUGCGCGUGAUCGAAUUGCUACAACAAUACGACCGCCACUGGCUCCUCCCGUACAUCACAGUCAUGUACUCGACGGGCCCGCUGUUCCUUUCCGUCAUCUGGAAGGAGUACAUGCGCGACAAGCCAAGCGAGGCCGGGCGCGUCCGCAUCCUCAUGCAAGAUGAGUACAACCGGUUCUCGUGGAGCUUCUUCACCCACCACCGCGGCAACAGCUGGCACGGCAAGGACGCGCAUUUGAUUUUCUGGAUGGGUCAACACUGGCUCUUCCUUACAGUUUGCGGCUUCUGCAUUGCCGGAGUCGUUGGUUUCUGCCUCUGGUGGAGCUACGGUCGAAUCAUGCUUCUCGGGGCCAAGUACCGCUACCGCUACACCAAGGUUUCCUCAAGUAGCCCGCGACUAACCUCGCCUACGCGACGGUCUCGUCUCACCGUCCCCACUAUCUUACGUCGCGUGAGCUUCAAAGAAGACGAAGAACAAGGCGGGGUCACAGAGACCUCGUACGAACUCGGUCGUCGUGAUGACUGA